CACACACACUCAACAUGGGCGCGCGCGGACGGUGCAGCAGCUGAACACCGGCUCACACAGCUUCACACACUCCAUCUCCGUCUCCACGCGCGCGCGUGUGUGUGUGUGUGUGUUUGCAUGUGUGUGCGUGUGUGUAUAUAUAUGUGUGUGUGUGCAUGUGUGUGUGUGUUUAUUUGGACUCGUCCGGAGCUGCUGAGGAGCGUCGCCGUCUUUUUCCACACACACACCACACACACUGAGUCAAAUGCUGGAGGCGCAAAGUAAAGGGUCAGUGAUGGAGUUCACCACCGAAGAGGAUUUAGAGGAGCUGUGUCCUGUGUGCGGGGACAAAGUGUCCGGGUACCACUACGGCCUGCUCACGUGCGAGAGCUGCAAGGGCUUUUUCAAGCGCACGGUGCAGAAUAAUAAGAGAUACACCUGUAACCAGAACCAGGACUGCGGCAUCGAUAAGACGCAGCGCAAGAGAUGUCCUUUCUGUCGCUUCCAGAAGUGCCUCAGUGUCGGCAUGAGGUUAGAAGCGGUUCGCGCUGACCGUAUGCGAGGAGGGAGGAACAAGUUUGGCCCCAUGUACAAACGAGACCGCGCUCUGAAGCAGCAGAAGAGAGCUCUGAUCCGAGCAAGCGCUUUCAAAUUGGAGCCCAACCCACCACUAGUGCCCUCCAACCAGGCUGAGUAUCCAUUCCCGGGCUCAGUGCCUGGCCUGCUGCCCCCCCUCGGCCCUCCAGACUACGACUGCCUACCUGCGUGCCCCCCCUCUUUAGGGGUGGCCCUGCACAGCUAUGGCUCCUUCCCAGCCCAGUAUCAGUACACCACCCAGACUGUGCCCGGUAGAUCCAUCAAAGCAGAGCACCCGGACCCGUAUUCCGGUUCUCCUGACUCAUCUCUCGGGUAUCCGUAUGCUGAAGGCUGCAUUCCCGCCUCACCACAGACCAGCCCUCUGAACCCAGCCGUGCCCUCGCUGGUUCUGGAGCUGCUUAGUUGUGAGCCUGAUGAGGAGCAGGUGAGAGCAAAGAUCUGUGCCUACCUGCAGCAGGAGCAGAGUGGGCGUGGCAAGCUGGACAAACCCCGCCCCUCCAACUUGCUCUGCGUGAUGGCGGACCAGACGCUGUUCUCCAUCGUAGAAUGGGCGAGAAGUUGCAUCUUCUUCAAGGAGCUAAAGGUCGGAGAUCAGAUGCAGCUGCUGCAUAACUGCUGGAGCGAGCUCCUGCUUCUGGAUCAUGUCUUUAGACAGGUGCAUCAUGGGAGAGACAAUACACUUCUACUCAUCACUGGCCAAGAGGUUGAGCUUGCAGGCGUCGUGUCUGACUCGGGUCUCACUCUCUCGAGUCUUGUGCAGAGGGGACAGGAACUGGCGCGGCGGCUGCAGCUGCUCCAGGUCGACCGUCGUGAGAUGGCCUGCCUCAAGUUCCUCAUCCUCUUCAACCCCAACGUGAAGCUGCUGGAGAACCAGGCACUGGUGGAGAGCGUGCAGGAGCAGGUGAACAGUGCUCUGCUGGAAUACACACUCACCUCGUACCCUCAGCACGUGGACAGGUUCAGUCAGCUGGUGCUGCGGCUGCCCGAGGUUCGCACCCUGAGCGCCCAGGCCGAGGAGUACCUGAGCUCCAAACACCUGAGCGGAGACGUGCCCUGCAACAACCUGCUCAUCGAGAUGCUGCACGCCAAGAGAGCCACCACCAUCUGAAUCAGAGGUGUGUGUGUGUGCGUGUGUGUGCAUGGGAUCACCACUGAGCCGCGAAAGCUAAAGGACACUGGGAGCUUUUCUAUUUCUUAAGUGCUAUUAACACCGUAUCUGAUGUCGUUUGUGCAUCGUGUGUGGCUAGUAGGCAUGUGCCGAUCUGUAGUUGCCAUGGAAACUAAUUGAGCUUUAUGAUAUUGCCACGAUAUUUAAACAUUGUCUUGGGUGGCAUUUCAGCUGGAACGACAGUUCUUUCCGUUGUGGUGACCACAAUUAUGGGAUUGAGGAUACACAGCUUCAAAAUGUUCCCUUCAGUUUUUACCAGGCCGAAAAUACUGUUAUGCCGUCUCCACGGUAACAAUAUAAUGUAUAUCAUGAUAUAGCGUAUUACCAAUUAUCGGCACAUGCCUAGUGGCAAGAUAUCAUUUCCAGUUUGGACAAUGAAAUUGCUGAUCAUUAUAUAGCCACUGUGAGUUCCUAUUUUUUGGUAGUAUUAUGGAAUAUUAUAUGUUUAUUGAACAUGUUUCACAUCAGCACUGCAUUCUGGACUAAUAUUUCAUUUUCAUAGUUUUUCCUUUAAGAGUGAUAAUGUUAUGAAGGAGGUGAAAAAGUGGAAGCACCAGUAAAAGAAAAACAACAGAAUUGUGAUCGAAUCUUUGAAGGCUUAAUCUCUCUUAUGGUUCCUUACAGUAUUUUAACGUCGCUAACAAGCAUUUUUUUUCCAUUGCGAAUUUUUCAAACCAAACGCCACUGUGCAGUGAACUGAACUGUGAAUAAUAUUUUCAGCGCUUUGACACAAAGUGAACAGUUUUCAAAAUUCCUGCAUUCAUUUCUCAUUCAAGCUCGGGCCGCUAGAGAAAGCAUGCAUUUAUGCGGCUCACUUUGCAAAAUGUUGCAGACUCUUAUUUCAAAACUGAUACACACACACGAGGGAGCAAUUUGCUAAGUCACAAGUGCUAGACAUUCUUUUUCAGGGUUUCGGUUUUUUAGUUUUAAUAUCUCAAGUUUUCUCAGAUUUAACUGUAAUUGCAUGUUUAUGUGUCAGGAUUACUAAUUCGUACAAUGUUAUAAUGCCUUGGUUUUUUUUACAUAAAAACUGAAAAAAAAAAAUAGAAAAGUUUUGACAGCCUGUUUUCUGGGUAUUUUUGAUAAUGAUUUACGAUAAUUGAUAAUUGAUAAUUGAUAAACAAUUUAUGAGCUUUGGAGUCCUGAAAUCGUCCUGAAAUUGCCCCUGAUAUACUGUGAAAAUGUUGACAUAACUGUUGAUAUAAAAUAGUGUAAAAAUCUAUGGUAAAUUGCCACAAGUGAUUCAUCAAAGAGUUAAAUGUCCUCCGAUUGAUAAAGCCUUUUGUUAAAAUACAAAUACCUUUAUUGUCAUUGUACAAGUACAACAAGAGUGCUUCUGUAUUCUGUGCCAUUUUAUUUUUAUUUAUGACCUACUUGCAGUUUUGAUAGUUAUAGUACAAUUUGGAUGUGCCAGUGUACAUAUUUGAUGUGCACUGUACAUAAGCUGGUAUUGGGGGGAAAAAAUGCUUGUUAGCAAAUCCUUAUUCGGCUCGAUCUGACUUUUUGUGAGUUUGUCUUUUAAAAUAUGUUAUUUACAUGCCACUGAAUUCACCAAAAUUUUGCUUAUAUGUAUAACUAAUGGUAGACAGUUGAAAAUUUGUAUCUGCUUUGACCCUGAAAUAUUGCAGGAUCGAUAAAAUCUUAAAAUUGUCAGAUAAAACACUACAAUUCCAAGAUCUCGAAAAUGUGAUAUUACUGAUACAUGGAAUGUUAAAUGUUUAUUGAACGUUUUUCACAUCAAGGCUUAAUUAUGGAUUUCAUGAGGUGGUAAUUGCUUUUAGUUAGAGCUACAGGAGAACGAUAAAAACUAAAGAAACAUCAGGCAGAAAUCUUCUUUUUAUUUUCACUAUUUCUUAAAUUUCUAAAAAGAAAUUUUCUUUAGAUUUUUAGAUUUUUUCAGCUUUAACGUUUCCAUGUUGGACAGUGCAAGUUUGCAUUUUUUGAAGUAUUUUAUAUUUUAUUUAUUGAGUAGAAGCUUUUAUCCAUUGAAGAACACAGCAGAACAGUUUUCGGUUCCCAUGGUAAUUCCGACACCUGAAUAUUUGCCCCAUUUAAACCCUCAAUAGGAUGAAAUAUUGCAGCAUUUUUCCAAUGAAUACAUUUAUUCCUUCUGUGUAUGCUUUCACCUGGGGUAAAAAAUUAAAAAUUAGUGAAGAAUCCAAUCUAAACAUUAUACUUUUUUUCUUAAAGGAAAGUGUUAUUGCAUCAUAAAAUAGAAGGGCCAAUCAUUUUUCAGUAUGCAAAUGCACUCCAGGGAACGCUAGUGUAGGGUUUGGGGAAGAAUCGAUUAUUUAAUACAAAGAAAAAUGAUUUUGUAUCUGUUUUCUGUAGCACCUAACCUAACCAUUAUCAAAUAUGUUUGUUAUCUGAUAAUUUGUUUUUUUGAAAAUUUCACAGGCUCUAUUUUUUUUAAGAAGCUGAAAAUUGUUAAAUUUAUUACAUCAUAUAUUAGAACGGCCAAUCAGGUUACAGUAUGCAAAUGCACUCCAGGGAACCCUAGUGUUCCACAGAAUUCAAAUGGAGAGUGUAAGACUGGGGACAUUUACAUAUUCAAAUCAUAUUCAUAUUAAAAUCAGGAAUUUUUUGUUGAAGGUAGAAUUGAAGACACUUUUUGUUGUUGUUUUUUUCUUCUUGAAAUGCCAUAUGCAGGAAUUGAUUGUUUAGUAUAGAAAAAUGACAAAUAUAACCUUUCAAAAAAGGCAAACUUGCAAUAAUAAUGUUAAUACAAAAAUAGAAGAAUAUAUAAACCCAGCUCACUGAUUAAAGGCAUUAAAGGUAACGGCAUGGCUAGUCAGAACACACCUAGGUGGACAUAAAGCAACGUGCUGAGGGUGUUCCUAAAUUGUGGAUAUGUAAUUGUGGAUCCUUUCUCUACUGGUGUCCAUUAUUUCAUCAACCACCUGCGCAUCCUUUUCAUCUCUUUUCUCUUUUUAAAAUACUGACAAAUACUGUGAGUAAGUGCGUGCGUUUGAAGCCCCAAUCAGGAUAGCAGGAGAAUCACUGCGCCAUAUGUUUUCCACAUUUCAGACAAACCCAUGUUCCAUUUCUAUUCAGUUUCAUGCAGCUCGAGUAUCUUUGUGCACACAUCCUGACUGGGACUUUCAUUAAAAAAAUGCAAUUUCACGCUAACGUUUGUGUAUUUAUAUGUGGUAAUUGCCGAAACCACACUUCUAUUCUCUCUUUUUUUCUUUUAUUUUUCUUCGUGUUUUUCUCUGGAAGAGUGUAAUUGUAAAAACGUGUUCUGUCCUUUCUAGUUACAAUCAGCAUCAGUAUUGUUUAGACGGUGGUUAUUCAGAAACGCUUAGAGGUCAACCUACGAAGCUAUGAAGCUGAAGACAGAAAUAGUAUUUAUUUAACUAAUGUCAGAUACAGAGGUGAUAUCUUAUAAUACGGAAAUACUUCAUUUACGUAAAAAAAAAAAAUCUUUUGUGCUUGUCCACAUUAUCUGACUGCAAAGUGCUUUAUUUCUUAUCAAAAUGUGAAAUAAAGAAAUGAAAUUAUA